GGAUUCAGUAUCAUUUUGUAGUGGACCAAAAAAUGGAAGCCAAAUUUGGAUCUCAAAUUUCUCUUCAUUUUCGUACCAAUUCAUUUCCUUUAAGGAAACUCUAUGGCUUUCCCCUUACCACAUUUUCCGGUACGUCUUUAAAUCAUCUUCGUUUAAAGGCCACUAAUACUUUAAAGGGUGAUGAUCAAGAGAGUAUUCGCAAGUUCAAGAAGUUACCAACUUCCGAAUGGACUCACUACUUCCACUCGUUUGUCGUCGAUGUCUCGGAAAUGGAUGCGCUUAGGAAUGAGAUCGAUGCACUAAAGCCGAAAGUGAAAAACACAAUCAUGUCUUCCCAAGGCAUUGACUCGACAAAGAAGAGAAUCCUUAUGAUAUAUAUGUUGGUGAGCCUUGGCCUUGCACAUCAUUUUGAGGAAGAGAUCUAUGAGACUCUAAGAGAUGGUUUCGGAAAGAUAGAGGAGAUGAUGGAGGAUGAAGAUGAUUUGUGCACAGUUUCCAUCAUCUUCUGGGCUUUUAGGAGAUACGGUCACUACAUAUCUUCCGAUGUAUUCAGAAGAUUCAAAGGGAGCAAUGGAAACUUCAAAGAAUCCCUUACCGGAUAUGCCAAAGGUAUGUUGAGCUUGUAUGAAGCUGCGCAUUUGGGGACAACGAAAGACUAUAUUUUACAAGAAGCAUUAAGCUUUACAUCGAGCCACUUGGAGUCAUUAGCGGCAUGUGGGACGUGCCCGCCUCAUCUCUCAGUGCACAUACAAAAUGUUCUCAGUGUACCUCAGCAUUGGAACAUGGAGAUAUUAGUCCCAGUGGAAUACAUCCCAUUCUAUGAACAGGAAAAAGACCAUGACGAGAUUUUGCUGAAGUUUGCUAAGCUCAGUUUCAAGUUACUACAGCUCCAAUACAUUCAAGAUCUCAAAAUCGUUACAAAAUGGUACAAGGAGCUAGAGUUUGCAUCUAAGUUGCCACCUUAUUUUAGAGACAAUAUUGUCGUAAAUUAUUUCUAUGUGCUAGCAGUGAUAUAUACACCUCAACACUCAUAUGAGAGGAUUAUGUUGACUCAGUACUUCACUUGUUUAGCGAUUCUAGAUGACACAUUCGACAGAUACGCGUCUCUUCCUGAGGCUAUAAGCCUUGCCAACAGCUUGGAAAGGUGGGCUCCUAAUGAUGCCAUGGAUAAACAACCAGAUUAUUUAAAAAUCGUGUUGAAUUUUAUAUUGAAAACUUUCGAAGUGUUUCAAAAAGAACUUGAGCCAGAAGGAAGAUCUUACACUGUGAAAGCCACUAUAGAAGAGGUAACCAAUCAAACUCUUCUCUGUAAUUAUGAUUAAUCAAUUGAACUCGUUGGACUAAUAUUUUGUAGAAGAGCUUAUCAAAAGUAUAUAUUUUUUGUAAAGAAGAAACUUAUGGUAUAGAAAAACGAUUUUGAAAAAUAAAAAGUUUGUACACGUAAUAUGGUUCUAUACUUUUGAGUAUGCAGUUUAAGACAGUUACCAAAGGCAACUUUGAUCUUGCCAAAUGGGCACACGCUGUCCAUGUGCCUAGCUUUGAGGAGUACAUGGAAGUUGGUGAGGAGGAGAUCUCAGUGUGUUCGACUUUGGCAGGUAUAUUCAUGUGUAUGGAACAGAAGGCUACAAAAGAAGAUUAUGAAUGGCUAAAGUCCAGACCUAAAUUCAUCCAAACUUUAUGUGCCAGAUGUCGUCUUAAGAAUGAUAUAACUGGUUUUGAGGAUGACAUGAGUAGAGGAUAUGUCACGAAUGCAGUAAAUUGUUAUAUGAAGCAAUAUGGAGUUACUAAACAAGAAGCUUUUGGGGAGCUUAACAAAAUCAUCGUAGAGGCUGAUAAGAUAUUAAAUGAAGAGUUCCUGACAACGGUGGGUGUGCGACAUUGCGUUCUUAAAGCAACCUUUGAUCUUGCACGUAUGAUCUUCAUCACCUACAAUGGAUAUGAAGGAUUUACCUAUCCCCAAGGAAAGAUCAAGGAGUAUAUGACUUCUCUGUUUGUCGAUCGUAUCGGUCUUUGAAGACUUUGAAAUAUGUUGUAGAGUGUUUAAUUCACCACUAUGACAUUUUUCUCUUGUUUACUCUUACCAGAUCAUGUGUUUGGUUUCUACUGUCUAGAAUUAGAUUGUAUAAUGCUUUUUUAAAAGUAAUGAAAAACUUGAUGUGUAUGUUAUUAUAAUGUUGGUUGAUCAUGAUGUUUUUGAUUAAG